AUGAGUAAGAGCGGGUUUGGGAGCAACGAUAGCUUUUCUGGUGGUGACGGGGCUAACGGGGCUAACAGGGCUAGUGGCAGUGAUGAGCAAGCUGGAGGUCAGGACCUGGGUCUUUCUCUGACCACAUUGAGCAGGCCUGGCAUUCACAGCAUUGUGCCUUGCUGCAUCAGCCAGUUGUUUACUGCCCUUGAGGUUGACAAUGUGUUUAAGAUCAGGGGGUUUGCGGUUCACCGGGUCUCCAUCGUUGGGAUGAUCAUGGAGGCCAAGAAAGCUUCACGGUACAUGAUGUACAAGAUCGAUGACAUGACCGCAAAGGCCAUCGAGGCCAGACAGCCCCUGUCUCGAGAGAAAGUCAGGCAAUGUGUGAUUCCCCUGCCAGUUGGCGUAUAUGCCAAAGUGCUUGGCGUCCUCCAGUCCUGUGAGGGAACCCGAUGGCUUGGGAUUCUGAGCAUCCGUGUCCUGGAGGAUAUGAAUGAGCUGUCCACACACACUUUGGAGGUUGUCAAUGCCCACAUGAUGCUGGAUCAAAGCCGUGAAGGCGUGACCACAGGAAAGCCCCUCUUGGAAGAGGCCCGAGCCCGAGCUGCAGCCGCCAGGGUUGCUAAGGCGUCUAGCCUUAAUUUCAUCCACAUGGAGGUGCUGCGUCUGAUUCGAGAAUGUCCUCACAAGGAAGGGAAGGCUAUCAUGGAGCUGCGAAGAGACCUCCAUGCACUUACUGAGGAAGUUGUUACUCAAGCCAUUGAGCAUCUGAUUAUGACAGAGUGCAUCUCUGCCACCAUGGAUCACCAAUACCUUAAAAUUGCUACCUGAGAGGAAGAACUGACUCUGUGGUGUCUGAAGAUGUUCUGUUCUGCUCUGCAUA